UGCCCGCUUCCAAAAACAUGAGCCUAUUAUCAACUUCAUUUUCAUUUUGUGUAGAGGUCUUGACUCUUGCACUCAUUACACUCUUACAAUGGAGAUUGGUACUUGUCUCCAGCUCUUCUUUCCAGUCGGAGUUUGCAGCCACCGUACGGGGAAACCAAACAGAUUAUGAGGCAUUGAUUGCCUUCAAAUCAAUAAUUACUCAAGACCCUCAUGGAGUUUUAAGCUCGUGGAAUGAUUCUCAACAUUUCUGCAAUUGGCCAGGCAUUACUUGCGGCAGGCGACACAAGAGGGUCACAGUGAUAAGUCUAAUGUCCAGAAAUUUGGUUGGUUCAUUAUCUCCUUCUAUAGGAAAUCUUAGCUUUCUUAGACAGAUAACACUCUCUAACAACACUUUCCAUGGUCAAAUUCCUCCUGAAAUUGGUCGCCUUCUUAGGUUGCAAACUUUAAGACUGACCAAUAAUUCUUUAACAGGCCAAAUUCCAUUCAAUUUGUCUCAUUGCACCAAUCUUGUAAAUAUAUCUCUUCAUAACAAUAAGUUAACAGGAAAACUUCUUUUAGAAUUUGGCUUCUUGUCAAAGCUGGAAGUGCUAGCAAUUUCCCACAACCAUCUAAGCGGAGAGAUACCCAAACCCAUCGGGAACCUUUCCUCCCUACAAAGACUAUAUAUAUCUUAUAAUUUCUUUAAGGGACAAAUUCCAGAGAGCAUAGGCCAGUUGAAGAGCUUAACUGUAAUGGCGCUUGGAGUGAAUGAACUAUCUGGUAUAGUGCCUCCAUCACUAUAUAAUCUAUCAUUGCUUACUGCUUUAUCUUUGAGUUAUAAUCAAUUGCAUGGAAUCCUUCCACAUAAUUUAGGCCAAUCUUUUCCUAAUCUCCAACACAUUGAUGUCCGAAACAACCAACUUGCUGGACCAAUUCCAUUGUCAUUAACGAAUGCUUCUGAUCUUCAACUUGUUUUAUUGUCAUCAAACAAUUUUACUGGACAAAUAUUAAAUACAUUUGGAAACUUACAAUAUCUUUCAAUGUUCGGUUUGGAUGAUAAUAGUCUAGGAGGUGGAGAAACUAAUGAAAUGAAUUUUCUAGUUUCUCUAACCAACUGCAGCAUGUUGUCAGUUAUGGUAAUAGAUCAGAACAGAUUAGGAGGGUCAUUGCCUAACAUUGUAGGGAACCUUUCAAGAUAUAUGAUUGAAUUUUCUGUUUCAGAAAAUCGUAUAUCUGGAGUUAUUCCUGCAGAAAUAGGCAAUCUAAUUACCUUAACUCUGCUAGAUUUCAGUGAAAAUGAAUUCACCGGAAUAAUACCAAGUUCUGUUGGUAAACUUGGAAAUUUACGGCGAUUGAGACUUGAUACCAAUGGACUUUCAGGAAAUAUUCCAUUUUCUUUUGGAAAUCUAUCUUGGUUGAGUGAGUUAUAUUUAUAUUAUAACACAUUGCAAGGAAAUAUCCCUCCUAGUUUAGAGAAUUGCAAAAAUUUGUUGUCAUUAGAUCUUUCUAACAAUAACCUUAGUGGUAGCAUACCAGAACAACUUUUUCAAAUCUCCUCUCUAUCAAUUUCACUAAGUAUAGCUCAUAACCAAUUUACUGGUUCCUUGUCUUCAUCUAUUGGUAAUCUGAAAGGCUUAGGGGAAUUGGAUGUUUCUUGGAACAAGCUGUCUGGAGAAAUUCCUAGUAGUCUUGGAGCAUGCACAAGUCUUGAAAAUUUACACGUGGAGAAUAACUUCUUCCAUGGAUCCAUUCCUUCAUCACUUAGUUCUUUGAAGGGUCUUCAGAAUCUUGAUCUUUCUCAUAAUAAUCUUUCAGACCAGAUUCCAAAUUUUUUUGAAAAAAUUCCUUUCAUUUUUUUAAAUUUGUCUUACAACAAUUUUGAGGGCGAGGUUCCAAAGAAGGGAGUUUUCUAG